UAGAUUUUACGAAACAGAUAUGUGGCGACUGUUGGAAGAGUUUGAGGAAAUGCGUUCUGAGAAAAAAAUUAGCAAAUCAUUGAAGCUAUACAGGAAACCUGUAUGGCUCGUCGGCAGGAAAAUGUUUGUUGAGAAAACCUUAAAAGAGCUCAGAUGGUUCAGGAAGUAUAAUGAAUCUGGUGCUAAUUUAUUUAUUUUAUUGAAAGGUAUCGGCAACCGAUCUGUAGCACAUAGGACGUCCCGACAAAGCUCCCGGGCACAAUACAUUGCAGAUACGGCCCAGGAUUAUCCCACAAAGCGCCCGCGAACCUCCCAAGAAGGCUUGGUGAAAAUUAAAAAAUAUAAAUGACGCUAUUUUAUUGUUAGUGAUCGCGUUGCAAUCUUUCCUACUACAAUUGUAAUCAAUGUCGAAAUAGAAAAAAGAUAAAUCGCUUUUUAACUAUCGGUAACAAUUUUGCAAUAAAAACUGUAAUAACUUUAUCAACAGAAUAAAACAAACAAACUGACCGUGUACAAUAUUAAAUAAAAUGAUUUGAAAAGUAAAAAUGAGCUCUUUGUAGAGUUUAUAGAAUGAAUAUUAAAAGUUAUUGCAGACAAGCAUUUCAAUAUGCCAAUUGCACAAAAUUUUUAGGACCCGUUUACAGUUUCGCACGCGUGAAAUAAAAAAUGAAAAAAAGAAAAAACACUCAGCCAUUUUUCCGGAAAACAAUUGGCUUGUUGAAAUGAUAUGGAAUAAUUAAUUCGAAUA